UCACUGUGCCUGCCCUGCCAGGAGCCAGGAGCAGAGCGCCAGCAUGAGUUCGGGGGUCGGCAUGCUGACAGCCCUCCUCUUCCUCCUGGAUGUUGGAGGAGCUCAAGUGUUGGCAACAGGCAAGUCUGCUGGGGCCGAAAUUGAUUUUAAAUAUGCCAUCAUUGGGACUGCUCUGGGCUUUGCCAUAUCUGCCGGCUUCCUGGCCCUGAAGAUCUGCAUUAUCAGGAAGCACCUGUCUGAUAACGACACUUCAGACCUGAAGAGUACACACCUGGCCUGCAAUGACACCAUCGUGCGAAAGAAGAGAACCUCAAGAGAUGCUCAGGUGAUUGAACUGUAAGAAAGUGGUUGUGAUGGGAGAGAUUCAACUGUCUAGACAACUGUCCACAGUUAGAGUCUCAAAGUGUUUUGAAUUUGAACAUCCAAGGCUGGUUAUGAAAUUUCACAUGAACUCAGUAUAAGAGGAGAAUAAUUAGAGGACUAUAAUCAAGAGUGUCUCUGUUCUGAGAGAAAAUAUUAUUCCUUUGCUACAAGAAGAUAACUACACAGGGUGAGUACAUUAUCCAAUAGUAGGAAAAAGGUGGAAGUCAAUGAAUACACAUCAUCUAGCUUGAUCCACCUUGUUGGAGUUGUUCAUGCUUCUACAAUGGCAUCAAGUCCACGUCAAUGAAACUUACCCAUAGCAAUGACUCAUGGAAAUGGGAACCAAACAUAAGACGCAGCUUCCUUAGCACGACCAUCUUUAUCAACAAUUAAAUAGCACUUCUAGAACCUUGGCCUCACCUUCUUAGCUGCCAGGAAAAUCUUGCAAUGAAGAUAGACCCAGUAAACAUUUACAGAUACAUGGAGACCAUGAGCCAGUCUCCAAUGCUAUCAAUGGAAGACUGACCUUCUAAGGGAGAAAUGGCCACCUGGUCUGGAGUGAAAGAAAGUGCCCUAGACAGCAAUGGGCUGGGCCUGUGGUUGGCUGAACAGCUCUCCAAAUGAAGGAGCCAGCAGAGGAUUAAAUGAGAAAGCAGAUGCUGUGCCUUGUGGAGAACUACACUAACAUAAGCUAUCAUUGUUAUCCUCACAUGAUUAUUUCGUGGUGAGUUUUAUAGUGUGCAUGGUGUACACAUGGAAGACAUGAGUGGCAGAGGCCAGGAAACCCACGUCAUUCUCUUACUGUCAUCAGUCUAAGAUACUGUGGCACAGGCUCCAUGAGCAUUCCUCUUGCCUGUAUUAUUAACUCCAUAUUUCUAGGAAUGCUUUAUGGAAGACUCUUUGCCUUUCCAUUUUUCAAAAAUCUGGGUGACUGGUGGACUGCGUUCUCCUUAAAUUGGGUUACUCCUCCUUGUGUGUGAUGAAAGAUGAGCUAUAUUUCAAAACAAAGUGCUGUGUUAUAAUAAUUUGCCUGGAUUCCCAGGGCAUCUUUUAUCUAACUUGAUAACAACGUUGUUCAUUAGCAGCCUUUGUUAACUGAUAACCUAAAGUGGUAACGCGGUACUCAUAAGCAAUUUUCUGUGUGUAAGAUAGAAUAAACCAUCUUGUAAGGGAUCUGUUAAUUGAUUUGCUUCUUUUAGUAGCAUUUUAAUUAAGACAACUGGUUUGUGAAUCGCAGAAACACUCAUGAGCUGAAGACAAAAGCCUCUGGAUUCUCAGUCACUGUUUUAUGUUCCAUACAUACAACACACCAUGGAAUCCAAUCCCCUACCACACUUUGUGACAUAUUUUCCUGGCACCAUCCCUGGAGUCUGGUUUUGUUUUAGCUCCUCAUAAGGUUCCCUGUGUGAAGAACAGAGAGAAGUACAUUCAUGUGUUACCUAACAAUGGGAAUAUAUUCUGAGGAAUGCACCAUUGAGCAAUUUCAUCAUUAUGUGAAUAUCACGGAGUAUACUUACACAAACUAAGCUGGCUACAGCAUCACUAUGGCUAUGGAGUAUACAAUAUUAUAGGGCCUUUGUCAUACGUGCAGUCCAUUGUUGACUGCUAUGUCAUUGUGAUACACACAACUGUAUGUUGAAGACCAGUAUCCUUUUCUCAGAGUAGUCAAAUUGUGCAGGAGCUUUGACAGUGAGGUCUCCCUGGCUUACACCUCAAAUCAAGCUCAAUGGCUUCUUUAUGGAAGCCCUUCCAGUCUUAUUGGAAACUCUCUGAAGCCCCUCUUGGCAGUCCCUCUCCAUGGGAGCAGUUCCUGGGGAUGGUAUCCAAUUGGUAGUAGCUCUUAGAAGUAUUUGGAUGCAACCACAAGAAGUCCCUGUGCCUGUUGGUACAAUGUCUUCAGUUGGGGGCAUUCUGACAUGUUGUCUCAUCCUGUGAUCUGGAGUAUAUUAGUAGAACCCAGGGCUGGGAUAAAUGUUGCCCUUCUGGUCCAGUAGGCCUUGAGGCCCCCAAAGCACAUGCAGUCCCCCUGACAGCUCACCACAGCAUGGGGAACACCAUGCUCAAAGGAAGGGACAGAUGACUCUGAAACAUUAAGAGGAAGGACACCCUACAUGCAUGAAGCAGGCUGCAGAUGGCAGUAGCCAGCCAGAGUCUGAGGGCGUAACUUCAGUUAAGGGCCUCCAGGACUCGGUAGCUGGAGGGGUAGAAGGUGACCUGGAAGAGGGUUAUCUGACAAGAUCAAUGAAUUAAAAAUUAUGUAUUGAUCUAUACAUCAAUAAAUUGAAAAUGU